AGAACCUUCAUAUUAAAGAAAAGCAUGGCAACCCAUAUCUAUGGUAUGCCUUUGAAGAACACAGCAGAAAACAACGACUUUGAUGAAGAGGAAGAAACGGAGGAGGAAGAAGAGGAGAAUGUUGGAGUAGAGCUAAUUGAGGAGAGUAACUUGAAGAGGAAAAGACUGAAUCUUGAAAAGAGAAAAGGGUCAAAUAGUAAGGGUGGUGGAGGACCCCGUUGUAAAAUGGAGAAAUGUGGAGUUGAUUUGAGUGGAGCAAAGAAGUACUACAAAAGGCACAAAGUUUGUCAAGUUCAUGCCAAGGCUCCAAUUGUUCUUGUUGCUGGCUUAAGGCAGAGGUUCUUCCAACAAUGCAACAGGUUGUUCCCCAGCAGGCGGUGCUGAUCCUUGACAGCAGCAUACCCUCCACUCAGCAGAUUUUGGUGAGCCCUACUCUACACCGGGGCCCAUAUGUUGUCUUAUUAUCUUGUAUAUUGCUUUUGAGGGAUAUCCGGGGCCUUGUUACCAGUAUUUUCAUACUACUCUUUUGUUUCAUUUAGAGGCUCUGUAGACAUAUUGUUAUUGUGUUUUCAUUUGGGGAUAUGGACUAUAAAUGUUAUAGUUAUUGGAUGUUCUACUUUUAAAUAUGAACUUGUAAGCU